AUGCAUCUCUCCAAAAUCAUCCUCUCAUCCCUCCUCCUCUGCACAACAGCCUCGUGCGCUGAAAAAUCCUUUUCAUCCGCGUCAACAACAAUAACAACAACCCUAUCCAACGCCUCAGGCGACCAUCAACCCAACACCACCUCGCCCAUCCACCAACACCAAGACGACAAAGAAAAAGACAUUGAUCCAUACCAGUCCUCUCUAGACGCCAUAUCCGAGGAAUGGUCCCAAAUCUGCCGCCUGGGUUGCCAACCAGGCACAUUCCCCAGCGACACAUACUACCUCACUCGAUACCUACUUCCGCACUUGAUCAACAUCCAAUAUAAACCCACCUGUAACGCCCGGUCCACGCAUCUCAAGUACUUUCAAGAAAUUAUCCAGUGUUCCGGCCGCCACGAUUUGUGCGCGGAGAAGUUAGAUAAAGGGACGAUGAAAUGCCGCGAUAAGGCACUCAGAAAGGUGACGACGAAUCUGAAGCAUUUGGGCGAAGCGGGCAUGGAUUGUGAGCGCGAGGGAGAGUGGCAGGGUGACUUUUAUGGGAGUGUGUUGGAUGGGAUGAGGUGGUUUAGGAGACAGGUUUGUGCGCCGGGGUUGGGAGAGAUGAUGACGAUGGUGAUGGGGAAGAAGGGGGGUGUGGGGGAGAUGAGGGAUUGUAGGUUGAUGGGUACUUGUAUGUCGCCGGUUGGGGAAUUGUGA